AUCAGCUGUUCUAAGUUUACAAACACCACAUUUUUGGUAAAUUAUAUAGAAUUUUAGAUAAUAUAAAAUAAACUGACUAUGUAAAGAAGGAGGAUAUCAAAAUAAAUUUUAACAGAAUGGCUGGCACUGAACCUGCAAUGGAGAAUCAUCCCAAAGUCAAAGUGGAAUAUUGUGGAGUUUGUGAUUAUGGCGGUCACUGCUUAGCUCUUGGACAAAUAAUCAGAAAAAAUACUCCUAAUGCCACAAUACACUGUAUGCGUGGGAGACAAGGUGCCUUUGAAGUUGAAGUAAAUGACAAAUUAAUAUACUCAAAACUACAGACAAUGGCAUUGCCAGACUUUAACGAGGUAGCGGAAGUAGUAAACAAUGUUUCAUUAGGGGAGGAGCCUCGGCUAAUAAAAGGACAACAAUCAAUCAACUGUGCAAUAUCAUAAAAUAUAUUCAACUCGUAACCAACUGUAAUAUAAACUAGUCUUAGAUAUAAUAUUAAAAUAUAAAAUGAGAAAAUAACAACUCCUUUUUUUUG